AUGGAAAAACACAAUCAACCACAGUGGCCGAAUGUAGAGCAGGUGACACAGGAUAUCCACCAACAGGUAUUCAUUCAGGACAACCCAGUGUUUCAGAAAGCCGCCCCCUUCCAGUACCAGCCUUGUGAAAAUGAUUCGGUCAGGGAACUGCUGAAGGAGAGUGGCACGGCUGAAGAACACAGUCUGAAUAAAGAAGCUAGGAAAUGGGCCACACGUGUGGCCAGAGAACACAAGAACAUCAUCCAUACGCAGCAGAUUCUUUCGGAGUACGAAGAGUCGCAUCAACAGGACCAGAAUAACAACGAGCUAGAACUGAAAAUGGACGAUGCAAGAGAAUGCAUUCGGAAAUCCGAGACAAUGAAAGUGAAGGCAGAGGAGCGUCUGAACCUCCUUCGAGACAUUGGUGUGGCUGUAGACGUCUGGCUGAAGAGCGCCAUGAACCAAGUGAUGGAGGAACUGGAGAACGAGAGAUGGGCGGCCCUCAAUACCCACGAUGCUUCAUUCUCUCACUCUGUAGAUUUUGACAGAGAACAUGAUGAGGACACAGAGAUGCUAGACGACAGCAGCUCCAGCCCCUCCAGCACUCACAGGAACUACCCUCUCACCUGCUCUGUGCUCUACUCGUAUCAGGCAUCCCAGCCUGAUGAGCUCACAAUCCAGGAACAGGAAAUACUGGAGCUAAUUGAUGAUGGAGACAUGGAGGACUGGGUUAAGGCUAGGAACAGAGAAGGGCAGGUGGGAUAUGUGCCGGAAAAAUACCUGCAACUCCCAACCUCCAGCUCUCUAUUGAGGAUGCUCCAGUCUUUCUCCAGCAUAGACACCCAAUCACACACCUCCAGCACUUCUGCAGAACAAGAGCCAGAAAUAGAGACACUCACCCAGAGCAGCCCGAACACUCAUGGCAGCGCCAUAAAUCUGGCCAGGGCUCUGUAUGCCUACGAGGCUCAGACAGAGGACGAGUUGUCUUUCCCCGAGGGAGCCGUUCUUUACAUUCUCAGCAAACACAACCAAGAAGAUGAUGGGUUCUGGGAGGGCGAGUUCAAUGGCGCAGUGGGCGUCUUUCCCGCAGUAUUAGUGGAGGAUCUGUGCAGACCGGAGAGUGCACAAACACACAAGAGCAUGAACGUGCAGGUGUCUCUGUCAGUUCUGGAUCAAGCGGCUAGUCUACCCACAGUGUUUCCAUCCUGUAGAAGUCCAGAUUCCGUUUCGCUGCCAUCUUUGAGCAGCACACUCACUUUAAACUGCUAUCAAACCCCAGAACCCCCCAAAAUCUCGAGCCACAGUCACACCCACAUCCUAUCACCCAGAUCCCCAGGAGAAGGCGGGUCGGGCCUGAGACCUGUACGAGCUGCUCCACCUCCACCCAAACAGCAGGCACAGGGCCAGGUGCAGAAGAGAGAAGAGGUGGAGAUCACACUGGUUUGAGUGACACUUUGAGGCACAUUUUACAAAUUGACGUUGCCAUGCUUGGAUCCGAUGCAGGGUGGACGUUCUGAAACUUUUUGAAGAUAGGGAUGCACAAGCUGACCAUUAUGGUUCCAGUCCUCCUCCUCCAGUUUUUUUUGAGGGCAAUUAAAACAGACAAGGCCUAAAUGUUUUAAUGUAUGGACAUGCAAAAGCAGGCUUUACUAAAACUACAAAGAGACUUUAAAGGGAAAAGUGGCAAUUUCAGUGUUUACUUUGUAUGUAUGAUUAUAUAUUCUGUCCAUAAACAAUUUAGGGCUAACAUGUUUAGAUGCAUAUCAUAGUUUUUAGCUUAUCUGUAACUUUAUUGUCAGUAUUUUAUUUGUCUGAUCAGACAUUAUUUGAAUGAAUAUUCAUAUAUUUUGUAGGUAUUGUAAAUUCCAGGAGGCUAAACUCAACCUGAGCACUUUCGAUUUAGUUUGUAGUGCAUUACAGUAUUUUGUUUUAUUUUGGAAAUUCUCGCGUUUUCUUUAUUUUUGUAUAAUCUUAAAAAAGACAUAGGGAGAUGCUGAGAGACAUUCUUUUUUAGUUUCAGAGCGUUUAAGUUUAAAAAAAAAAAUAGUUCACCAAAAAAUGAAACUUUUGUCAUCAUUUAUCUGUCUUCAUCUUAUUCCGUAGGAAAUUA